AUGCCGAAGGGUCCCAAGCAGCAACCACCGGAGGCCGAGUGGAUCGGGGACGGAGACGGCACAAAUCCCGCAGACAAGGUGGUGAAAAAAGGGAAGAAGGACAAGAAGACCAAAAAGACAUUCUUUGAGGAGCUGGCAGUAGAAGAUAAACAGGCUGGGGAAGAAGAGAAAGUGCUCAAGGAGAAGGAACAACAGCAGCAAAAGCAGCAGCAACAGCAGCAAAAGAAGAAGCGAGAUGCUGGAAAAGGCCGGCGGAAGAAGGAUGUGGAUGAUGAUGGAGAGGAAAAAGAGCUUAUGGAGCGCCUUAAGAAGCUUUCUGUACCUGCCAGUGAUGAAGAGGAUGAGAUACCUGCCCCAAUACCCCGAGCAGGAAAGAAGACCAAGGGUGGUAAUGUUUUUGCAGCCCUGAUUCAGGAUCACAGUGAAGAAGAGGAGGAAGAAGAAAAGCAUCCUCCCAAGGCUGCUAAGCCAGAGAAGAAUCAGAUCAAUAAGGCUGUAUCUGAGGAGCAACAGCCUGGGCUCAAGGGCAAAAAAGAAAAGGAAGAAAAGUCGAAAGGGAAGGCCAAGCGUCAAAAUAAAUUUGCUGCUCUGGAUAGUGAAGAGGAAGAUGAAGAAGAUGAAAUGACGAAAGAAAAGGAGCCUCCCAAACAAGGAAAAGAGAAGGCCAAAAAGUCAGAGCAGGGUUCAGAGGAAGGCGAGGAGGAAGAGGGAGAGUCAAAGGCAGAUGAUCCCUAUGCUCACCUUAGCAAAACGGAGAAGAAAAAGCUCAAGAAACAGGAUUAUGAGCGCCAGGUGGCUUCAUUAAAAGCAGCUAAUGCUGCCGAAAAUGACUUCUCUGUAUCCCAGGCAGAGGUGUCCUCCCGACAGGCCAUGUUAGAAAAUGCAUCUGAUGUCAAGCUGGAGAAGUUCAGUAUCUCGGCCCACGGCAAGGAGUUGUUUGUGAAUGCAGAUCUAUACAUCGUAGCUGGACGCCGCUAUGGGCUGGUGGGACCUAACUGCAAGGGCAAGACCACACUCCUCAAGCACAUCGCCAACCGUGCCCUGGGCAUCCCUCCUAACAUUGAUGUGCUGCUGUGUGAGCAGGAGGUAGUAGCAGAUGAAACACCAGCAGAGCAGGCUGUUCUUCGAGCUGACACCAAGCGGUUGAAGCUGCUGGAAGAGGAACGAUGACUUCAGAGGCAGUUGGAACAGGGGGAUGACACAGCUGCUGAGAGGCUAGAGAAGGUAUAUGAGGAAUCGUGAGCCACUGGGGCAGCAGCUGCAGAGGCCAAAGCACGACGGAUCCUGGCUGAUCUGGGCUUUGACCCUGAGAUGCAGAAUCGGCCCACACAGAAGUUCUCAGGGGGCUGGCGCAUGCGUGUCUCUCUGGCCAGGGCACUGUUCAUGGAGCCUACACUGCUGAUGUUGGAUGAACCCACUAAUCACCUGGACCUCAAUGCUGUUAUCUGGCUCAAUAACUAUCUUCAGGGCUGGCGGAAGACGCUGCUGAUUGUCUCCCAUGACCAGGGCUUCCUGGAUGAUGCGUGCACUGAUAUCAUCCAUCUCGAUGCCCAGCGGCUCCACUACUAUAGAGGCAAUUACAUGACCUUCAAGAAGAUGUACCAGCAAAAGCAGAAAGAACUGCUGAAACAGUAUGAGAAGCAGGAAAAAAAGCUGAAGGACAAGUCCACCAAGCAGGCGGAAAAGCAAACAAAGGAGGCCCUGACUCGAAAACAGCAGAAAUGCCGUCGGAAAAACCAAGAUGAGGAAUCCCAGGAAGCCCCUGAGCUCCUGAAGCGCCCGAAGGGGUACACUGUGCGCUUUACUUUCCCAAAUCCCCCGCCACUCAGCCCUCCUGUGCUGGGUCUGCAUGGUGUGACAUUUGGCUAUGAGGGGCAGAAACCACUCUUUAAGAACCUGGAUUUUGGCAUCGACAUGGACUCAAGGAUAUGCAUCGUGAGCCCUAAUGAUGUGGGGGAAAGCACACUGCUCCUGCUGCUGACAGGCAAGCUGACACCGACACAUGGGGAAAUGAGAAAGAACCACCGAUUGAAAAUUGGCUUCUUCAACCAGCAAUAUGCAGAGCAGCUGCACAUGGAGGAGACGCCCACUGAAUAUCUGCAGAGGAGCUUCAACCUGGCCUACCAGGAUGCACGCAAGUGCCUGGGCUGCUUUGGCCUUGAGAGUCAUGCUCACACCAUCCAGAUCUGCAAACUCUCUGGUGGGCAGAAAGCCCGAGUUGUCUUUGCAGAGCUGGCCUGUCGGGAGCCCGACGUCCUCAUCUUGGACAAGCCAGCCAAUAACUUGGACAUAGAAUCUAUCAAUGCUCUGGGGGAGGCCAUCAAUGAGUACAAGGGUGCUGUGAUUGUCGUCAGCCAUGAUGCCCGACUCAUCACAGAAACCAACUGCCAACUGUGGGUAGUGGAGGAGCAAAGUGUUAGCCAAAUUGAUGGGGACUUCCAAGACUACAAGCGGGAGGUGUUGGAAGCCCUGGGCGAAGUCAUGGUCAAUCGACCCCGAGAAUGAGCUUUCCCUC